AUUUCCGUUGUCAGGUGGUGCUGCUAUGGAAAGAUGUGAUCAGUCCGACGGGACGAGGCUCUUCUGCGCGGCGACGCUUUGCUUUUCCAACACCCAAACAAACUCGCCUUUUCACCCACACACCGCUUCGUGGCGGGGGAAUAGCCGUUUAUGCGCCACUCCUGAGAAGAAAGCUGGGCAGAGAUGUCGGCGGUUUUGUAGACGGCAGAGGAGGAUUCCCCCCCGGCGGUUUUAGCUCGAGAUCUACAGAAUGUCUAAGCGCUGUGCUUCUGAGAGAGGGGCAGGGGAGUCAUCCGGCAGGGCCAGCAAGCUCCUUUGUCCUGGGAUAUCUGGCAACAAUGCUAAGAGAGCUGGCCCCUUUGUUUUAGGGCCCCGACUGGGGAACUCUCCCGUGCAGAGCAUAGUGCAGUGUUUGGCCAGGAGAGAUGGAACAGAUGAUUUCUACCAGCUAAAAAUUCUGACCCUAGAGGAGCGAGUGGACGCAGCCGGGGAGACGCAAGAGGAGAGGCAAGGCAAGAUGCUGCUGCACACCGAGUACUCGUUGCUGUCUCUGCUCCAUAACCAGGAUGGAGUGGUGCACCAUCAUGGCCUCUUUCAGGAUCGCUCCUAUGAGAUUGUGGAGGACAUGGAAGCCAAUAAGGUGAGGAAGAUGAAGAAACGGAUCUGUCUGGUGCUGGAUUGCCUAUGCGCUCAUGACUUUAGUGACAAAACAGUUGACCUCAUCAACUUGCAACACUACGUCAUCAAGGAGAAGAGGCUGAGUGAGCGCGAGGCCAUUGUCAUCUUCUACGACGUAGUGCGAGUGGUGGAGGCACUACAUAAGAAGAACAUUGUGCACCGAGACUUGAAGCUUGGAAACAUGGUGCUUAACAAAAGGACUCAUCGGAUCACGAUCACCAACUUCUGCCUGGGUAAACAUUUGGUGAGUGAAGAAGAUCUACUGAAGGACCAGAGAGGCAGCCCAGCCUAUAUCAGCCCCGACGUCCUGAGCGGUCGGCCAUACCGUGGAAAGCCCAGUGAUAUGUGGGCUCUUGGUGUGGUACUGUUCACCAUGCUCUAUGGCCAGUUCCCCUUCUACGACAGCAUACCUCAAGAGCUUUUCCGCAAGAUCAAAGCUGCAGAGUACUCUAUCCCAGAGGAUGGGCGGGUGUCUGAGAACACAGUGUGUUUGAUCCGUAAGCUGUUAGUGCUGGAUCCCCAGCAAAGGCUGACUGCAGCAGAGGUUCUGGAGUCUCUCAGUGGAAUCAUCGCCUCCUGGCAAUCUGUCUCAUCAGUGAGCGGCCCCCUGCAGGUGGUGCCAGACAUAGACGACCAGCUCAACCAGCCAGAGCAUCUGCAGGAGGUGAAGGUGACGGAGGAGUCGUCGCAGUACGAGUUUGAAAACUACAUGCGCCAGCAGCUGCUGCUGGCCGAGGAGAAGAACACUAUCCACGAGGCCAAGAGCUUCCUGAGCAAGAGGCCCUUUGGCAAUGUACCGCCAGUGAGGCGCCUGGGCCACGACGCUCAGCCCGUCAGCCCGCUGGACGCAGCCAUACUGGCCCAGCGCUUCCUCAGGAAGUAGCACCAUGGCAACGCCUGCGGCCAGGAGCAGGUCACUGUGAGCGGGAUGCCCCAUGGAACCGGCUUCGUGUGUGGCUGUGUGUGUUUGUGUGUUUUUGAGAGUGUUUGGGUGGGAAGACAGUGCGUCAAGCAUAUAAUUUUUUUUAAUUAUUUUAUUAUUAUUUUUUUUUAAAAUCCCUUUGGUUCCUUUGACUGGCCGAGGAACCGGACUCUGGCUUGAGCAGCACACAGAAACUGUGGGGCUUAGACCCCUAACAUAUGCCCGCUCCCUCUCACUCUGACGGACAUUAUCAGCAAUACCGGAACUGAAUCAUGUAGCAAAUGGGCACACACAGACACACACAUACAUACAUCUCUCAUUCUCCUUUUCUACUCUCUCAGCACUUUCCAUGGGAACAUCUCAGAUCACCGGACCUCCAUCUCUCCUUCUGCCCGUCUCUCCCUUUUCCCCUUAAAUCAGACCCAUCCGCGUUGGUCCCAUCUGCAUCCACGACUGCCAAUCUACCUCUUACGGUCUCUCUGUUUCUGUCUGUCAGUCCGUUCAGAACUAUGCUCUCGGAUUUAUUUUUUUUAUUAUUAUUAUUAUUUUUUUUUUUUUGAAAACAAGUAUCCAAAUAUGGGGGUAGUGCCACAAGCACAGGCUUAAGAGCAUUAUUAUUUUGGUGUGGAACUCUUUUGGCGUGUCAAAACCAGCGAUUAGUUUUGCCUCACAAUCUGAAUAAGCUUUUUUUUUCUCCACUUAGAAAAAGUAGCAUUUUACAUAAUGUUCUGUUUUUUUUUCAUUGAAGAUUAAUUUGCUCAGUCUUGCCAGCUGUAACCUCAGUUAUGAAAUCGUGCUAUAACGCAAGGUCUCUGUAUUCCUUCCUCCCUUGAUUGGGCAUUCACAGGCAGCUAGUGUUGUACAGCUCAAAGUCUAGAUGCCAAGAAUGGGAUGGAAAGAGUCACUUAAGUCACCUCUUUACAUCCUGCAGCCCAGUGAGGUACGAUAUGCUCUCCAUGAAUUUUAUUUUAUUUUUUUUGGUAAUUUGCAUCUAAUCCCACAUGGACAUUUCUUUUAUACACAUUUUCCCCCAACCAUCAAAUAAUACAUGCCUUCUGGUGCUGUUCUUAGUAUAACAGGUUAUGGUGCUGGUAGUGCAGCAUGCUGAGGGUUUGGGUCAUUUGGGUCAGCGCUGUGAGGAGAUCGGGGAGCUGAAGGUGAGCUGAGGCCAUCAGGAAGCAGGAAGGCUUAGGCUGCAGUCACGCAGAAGUGUAAGCUUCAUUAAGCCCUGUAAGCGCCUCCCUUAAGCUCUCUGCCGCUCCCGUAGUGACCAAGGCCAGCCUCACAGGCUGCUGUGGCUUUGAAGAGCCGUCACCUCUUUGAAGUGCAUCUCCUGCAACAAGUUCACGGUUCUAUUGUGUUUAUUAAGCAGAGAGAUCAUGGCUGCCCUUCAGGCCAGGGUACUGGGGAACGACUACUAAGAACUAAACGUAGGAUGCAAACCCGAAGUAGUCAGCAUUGGCUAGGAAUGUAUAACCAACCCUAAUCCUCGCCUUCCAUUCUUUUAAUGCCAUUUUCUUUAUGUAUCAUGCAUAAAAAAAUGAGCAUAAUCCUCUUAAUACAGUGGUCUCCUCAGUGUGUAUUUUCUCCAUCACUGUUGAUGAGAAUGUUGCAGGAUAUAAGUAUUUACAAUCUUGUUUGGACUGUUUUCCAAUCCCAUUAAGCUACUUUUACAAAUCAUAGCCACUGAAUAUCUUGCCUUAGAUUGAGAGAUUGUCAUUUCAGCAGUGAGCAGUGAAAAUGUAUCCUUGAUGCUCCAGUAUAUCUUAGUAAACAGGUGGUGAACGUGACUUAGUUUGUGAGGUCCUGGCUGGUUCCACUAAUAUGUUUUAAGGAAAAACAAAUCCAGUACUGUACUGGUCUCUGAGCUUCUCACCACAGUUCUAAUUAUGUUAUUUCUGUUCUUAGCUUUUCAAGGCUGAAGCAGUUCUACAGGCAGCAUGAAUGAAUCUGCUUGGCUUUUCUUGUUUUAUUCCUUUCCAUGGGUGUUCAUUUUUAUUUAUUCGCUAUGUAUAAAUGAACUUGCUUUCAUCUGUUAUUUUGAACUCCCCCUGUCCUCUUAAGGUGUGAAGUAUCAUGAGAUCAUCGCAUAAUCUGACUCUAAAGCGUUGCUGUGAUCUUUCUUUUUUCCCCAGUAAUCCCCAGUAAAGGUUUUUAUUUCCCUUUUCUUUCUUUUCUUUUAAAAUCUUGAGUAAUUGUUGCCACAAUCCUGAUGGUUUAUUAAGCUAAUAACGAGACUGACUUUGCAUAGCUCUAUUUUUACGCAAACUAAAUUAUAGCACACAUUAGAAUGACAUUUAGAAACGAUGUAGAGUUUAUCCUGCAAGUUUGAUACAACACCGCACUCUGGCCAGUGUGUAAAUACCAUCUUGAUGGCGAGUUGUGUCCGUAGUACCAAAAAAAAAAAAAAAAACAGUAGGCUGCCAUUCUGCAGAGUUACACCAAUGCUUUAACACGAGAUGAGUACUUGUCAAAGUGAGUUUGCCUGCCACCAUUGAAAGCAUUAGUCUACUCCCACCUCAAUGUGAAUAUUUUAGGGUAUAAAGCAGUAUUGUAGAUGGCAUGCAUGCCAGAGAGAGAGAGAGAGAGAGAGAAAGAGAGAGAGAGGGAGUUUGUGUGCGAGAAUUAUCUGCGGGGCAAAUGUAAGCACCAGAUCCCUCUUCUCUCAAAUUAAAAAAACAUGAGCGCCCCAUCAUCCAUUAGCAGCAGGGCAAAGUAGUGAUCCCUCAGCGCCAUCUUCUCAUCGUAAAUCUGUAGGUUUACAAUGUAACUGUCGAUGGUGUGCUUGUAUAGUUGGUACCCUAAUCUAGAGGAGCUACGUUUAGGUCAUUAUUGCUGUUAAAUGAAUGCCCGCCCUAUUUAAGUGUCUGAACAGAAUCGCUCCCCGCCUAGACAGUUUUCUGUAGCGCCCUUGGCAUCAGAUGGCCAAGCUGUACUUGCAGCAUGAGAAGUGUUUGUUGUUGAGCUAUGUUGUUUAUACAUUUAAAAGAAACUAAUGCAUGACUCAGACUUGCGAGAUGUGCCACAAGAUCUCUGCAAUUAGCAUACCAGAUCGUUUGGAUGGUAGUGGGUGUUUUCAAAAGUGAAAUUCAUAUUCCAAUUGCAAAUACACUAAAAAAGAGAAGACUCAUCUCAGCAGUGAUAAAUUGGGAGGAUUCGUUUUGAGGUUUCAGAGCAGUUUUUGUUUGGAAGAUUUGAUUUUUCUCGUCCUGUCGUAUAAGCAUUUGCAUAUUUUACUAACUGGAAACUUAAAUUGGUGUAGAAUGAGAUGAUGGUAAAAUUAGUUCAAAGCCUAAAAGUUUGGUGUUGUAAGCUGCUUGGAUGGAUAGAUAUUAAAGAAGAAACUGGGAAAAUGUACAGAGAUAAAAACAAAUUUGUAUAAAAGACAUAUUUUUGUACUUCAUAAAAUCUCUACAUGCAUGUCAGCAAUAAACUUUGAUAUGGAAAAUCC